UGGAGUCAAAACAUCUCGGCAGCAAAUAUAUUAUCCGCGGGGAUUUCGGCAAACUAGAUACUAUGUUCUCAAAGUUCAAUUUUGCUUCAAAAGAAUGAAAUGUUGUUCCCGCUUCCUUAGUAUUAGACGGCUCUGUCAUAAUUUGCUUCCACCAUCUUGCUGCCUUGGCUUUGCUGUAGCCUGUGGCGCUAGAGCUCAUUUGAAGAAAUUUUCAAACCUAAGUUGACUUUGUAUCUAGAAACUGGCAUAACUGUGAGUUGGCGGUGUGCCGAUAGAUAGAGUUUUCUGACGGCGGUAUUUUGUCGGCGGUUUGAUUAAAUGGAGACUUUUACUUCAUGACCUUUGCGGAUCCCAUAGCCUUUCCUGACAAUGUUUGAUUUAAAAAUGAUCACUCACUUUGCAAUGUAUUCUCCGGUUAGACAUAAGUUAUUCAUCUACAAUUAGAAAGGUUUUGCCACCGAUGACCCCCUUAUAGAUUAAACUUAUUUCAGUGACUUCAAGAUGAGUGCCCUCAAGGACAAGAAAACAACGCAAAUAAAGCUUGAAGCAACUUCAAGUGAGACCAUCACUGACAUUCAGAACUACCUAGACAAUUUUAACAAAGAAAUUCAAACUGGUGAUGGCACUACCACUAUUCAGCCUCUUUCAGAUGUUCAGCAAUUGAUCACUGACUCUGACAGUGCCAAUGAAGGUACCUACUUUAUGGACGAAAAUGGACAAUAUUACUUUCAGUCAAAUCCAAGUGAGACUCCAGUCCUUGUUUCAAAUAUUCCAAAUGCUGCUCCUGCUGCAACUAAUAAUCAGACAACUUAUGUUGCAAUGCAAUCCCAAGGAAAUCAAAACCAAGCAAGCACAGUUCAAACUAUCCAAACAGUUCAAGAUGGGCAACGCAUGAUAAUAAACCCCGGUGAUUCAUAUCAAACAGUCACCAUUGUCCCAUCUGAUACAAAUCCUGGCGAAGUGAGCUAUGUACUUAUAGUGCAACAGCCUGAAGAUGACAAGGAUGGAGAAGAAGAUGAGGACGAAGAGAAAAAUGAUGAUCAAGACCUCACUGUUUAUGACUUUGAUGAAGGGGAGGAUGGUGGACCUGGACCUUUGGAAUCUGGAGAUGAAGACGACAAAACCAAAAUUGUGAAAAUACUGCCAAAGAAAUCUCAGACUGUAACCCAAGCUCACAUGUGCAAUUACUGCAAUUAUACAAGUCCUAAGAGGUACCUCCUGUCACGCCAUAUGAAGUCCCAUUCUGAGGAACGGCCUCAUAAAUGCAGUGUGUGUGAAAGAGGUUUUAAAACCUUAGCAUCUCUUCAAAACCAUGUGAAUACUCACACGGGUACCAAACCACACCGGUGUAAAUUUUGUGACAGCUGCUUCACAACAUCAGGUGAACUUGUUAGGCAUGUUCGGUACAAACAUACCCAUGAGAAACCCCACAAAUGUAGUGUUUGUGAUUACGCCAGCGUGGAACUUAGUAAAAUGAGGAACCACAUGAGAUGCCAUACAGGUGAAAGACCGUAUCAGUGUCCUCAUUGCACAUAUGCAAGCCCUGAUACAUUCAAGCUGAAGCGCCACCUUCGAAUUCACACCGGCGAGAAGCCAUAUGAAUGUGAUUUUUGCCGUGCAAGAUUCACUCAGUCGAACAGUUUGAAAGCACACAUGUUGAUACAUAGAGGUGAUCCAAAUUUCUCUUCUGAAGAAGUGGGAGAUAAACCCAUCUACAGAUGUGAGCUUUGCCCAACUACGUGUGGACGGAAAACUGAUUUACGCAUCCAUGUUCAAAAACUUCACACUUCUGACAAACCUUUGAAAUGUAAGCGCUGUGGCAAAACGUUCCCUGACCGAUACACUUAUAAGGUUCACAAUAAAACUCAUGAGGGAGAAAAGUGUUACAAGUGUGACUUGUGCCCUUAUGCAUCAAUAUCAGCAAGACAUUUGGAAUCUCAUAUGUUAAUACACACAGACCAAAAGCCUUAUCAGUGUGAAAUGUGUGAUCAGUCUUUCCGGCAAAAGCAGUUACUUAAGAGACAUCAGAAUCUUUACCACAACCCACAGUAUGUACCACCAUGCCCACGAGAGAAGACACACGAAUGUCCUGAGUGUGGACGGACAUUCCGCCACAAGGGCAAUUUGAUCCGUCACAUGGCUGUUCAUGACCCUGAUGCAACCACACAAGAAAAGGCCAUGGCUCUGAAACUUGGACGACAGAAAAAGAUUCAAAUUAUUGAUGGCCAGCAGGUGGAAGUGAUGCCCGAAGAUGAAAUGGAAGAUGAAGAAGAUGAUGAGGAUGAAGACAGUGGUGGUCAAGGAAUGAUGGCUGUCCAAGGCUCCGAUGGGCAACAGUAUGUGGUUUUAGAAGUUAUUCAACUACAAGAUGGUGAUGGUCAGGAGCAGGCUUUGGCUGUCGUCACCGACAAUAUGACUGGUGUUCACAAUUCUGUUGGACAUGACAGAGAUGAUGACAGUGACAGUGGAGAGCUCAUUACAGGACAUCAUCCCUCAUUGACGAACGAACAAAUUCUUCAAGUUCAAAAGAUGGAAGAAACUAAAGAUGGGAUAACUCUGAAGAGAGUUGUAGAUCCCAAGAGUGACAUGCAAAAUUGCUUCGGGUUUGAUGAGGAUGAUGAUGAUGCCGAUAUGGAAAUAGAAGGUAGUAAAAUUCAUAUAUUGCAAUCAAUUACUUAAAGUAUGAAUUUGUGUGUGAAAAAUCUGAUAAGUACAAUUUGAAUGUGUUAAAAUAUCUCAGCAUGUAUAUUAUGUAUAAAGUAUUUAAUUGUGUCUUAUUGUAAGUGUACAUUUGGUCAUUGUAACACAAUUGUGCCAUUGUGUCAUCAAGUACUAUUAAUUUGUUAAGCUUGUCAUAAAUUAGAUUUAUAUAGAAUAUAACAUAAAUAAAUUGUAAUUAAAUUGACUGUAAA